AUGGAAAGCCAUCGUCAUCUUCAACCAAUUCGUCUUUGUCUUCAUCAGCAUCAUGACGCCCCUAGCCAUCGCGCCCAUGGCGCUCAUUUUGAGGCCGAGUUCCAUAAGUCUUUGCCCGAGGUUAACAUGCUGUUCGGUGCUGCUGCCAUUACGCUCGGCUACUCUAAUCUCCUCAUCGUGCCCACCGCGAAUGUGUUUGGCCGGCGGCCCGUGAUUAUUGUUUGCGGCCUCAUCUGUACCUUGGCCAACAUUUGGCAGGGGCUUGUGACGAGCCACUCGAGUUUCAUCGGUGCACGUGUUAUCUCCGGGCUAGGGGCGGGGGCGAAUGAGAGUAUCAUGCCCAUGGUGAUUGCGGACCUACUGUUCUUGCAUCAGCGCGGAAAGAGCAUGGCGCUUUACUUUUGGUCGUACUUCAUGGGUUUGUUCAUGGGACCAAUUAUUUCUGGUGCUAUUGCGUCUCAGAUCAGCUGGAGGUGGUUUCCUCAGCUCCAGCUUCCAUUGAAUUCAUCGAAACACCCAGCAAGCCAACCGAUUCCAUGGGAUGCGACUCCGAAACCCCGGCCACGACUCACCAUCACCACCUCUGCUCUCCUACCCAAAGGCAAACUCUCCAAAUCCCAGCUCUGCUUCCUCCCCCGCGUCCGCUUCGAUCCAGGCUCAUUCCUGCGGGACAUCCUCUCUCCUCUCCAAAUCCUCUUCUAUCCCAUCGUUCUCUGGGCAUCCCUGACCAUGGGCUUCGCUGCCAACGCCCUCCUCGCCCUCAACCUAACCGAAGCCCAAGUCUCCAGUCCGCCUCCUUACUUGUUCACCCCUGCCCAAAUCGGCUACACCAACUUCGCCUUUGCCAUCGGCGCCGCCGUAGCGCUCUUCACCGCUGGCUCAUUUUCCGACUGGAUUACGCUCCAGCGCGCUAAGCGGAAUCACGGGAUUCUGGAGGCUGAAUUUCGAUUGCCGGCUUUGGUGCCGUACGUGUUUGUUAACCUGGUGGGAAUGACGGUUACUGCGGUGGGAUAUCAGCGUGGGUGGCCGUGGGAGGCGGUCGUGGUCGUGGGGAUCCCGGCGGUGGCGAUUGCGUAUGCGACGGAUUGCUACAAGGCGUUGCCGGGAGAGAUCGUGAUUGCAGCGACGAUCGUGAAGAAUACAUUUGGUUUUGGCAUGAUCUUCUUCUUCAACGACUGGGCGGCUCGGCAGGGCUAUAUUGCCCCUGUGCUCUUGCUCAUGGUGUUGACAGUUGGCUCCUCCAUUAUUGGGUUAGCGUUGUUUAUACCCUUCGGUAAGACAUUUCGCCGCAUGACCAAGGACUCCACGUUGCACACUUUGUGA